AAUACUUCUACAUUAAGUUAUAGUAUAAGUAGCUCUUGAAUAUUAAUAUUUUAUUUUAAUAAGACAAAAAAUGAUUCUAAUAAAAAUUAUAUCAUUAAUAAACAUUAAUUUAACGCUUGGAUUAUCCUUUAAUAAUUUGCAGUGUAAUUUUUCGAAGUAUUGGUUAAAUUACUUUAAUCAUAACAAACAAUAUUUAAAUGAAAUCAGUGAGAACAUAGAAUUGUAUGACGUGCAUAGUUUAUGCAAAUAUGGCGACGCAAUAAAAACUCAUGGCGAACUCGUACUAGUAAUGUUAGAUGUUUUAAGGGAAGCUGAUAAAAAAUUAUAUUCGAAGGAAUUGAUGUCAUUAAAUUUAUACUUAAAUAACGUAUCCGAUGACCAAGAAGAAUCGUCGAAAUUCUAUGAAAAUAUUAUUUCUGUUGGUAAAAUAAUAAUUGAAUGUUUUCAAAAUUUUGUCAAUAUGAACCUCUUUGGUGACGGUCCAACAAAUUUUUUUUUUACAUUAUCAAAAAAAACAUCGACAUGCCUUAGUCAUUUUAUUCACAAAAAUAAAACAGAUCUUACAUUAUCAUCUAUCGAUUUCAAAAAUUCAUUAGAAUCAUUUUUUUAUAAUAACAAAAUUGAAAUGUAUGUGUUAAAUGCAUACUUCGAAAAGAAUUUUAUUGAUGAUUGCUUUAAUAAAUUGGUUGUGAAUCUGCAAGAAGUACAAGAAUAUCUAACAGAAUUAGAAAAACAUAAAAAAUUGUUUGAAGUCACCAAAAAUACAUUUAAUAUUACUCAUAUAUUAAAUGUAGAACAUACAUUUAUUUUUAAUACACGUAUAAUAGGUAAGUUUUUA